AUGCUAUUAAAUUAUGUAAUGCUUAUCAUCAGUUGCGAUGAUACUGCUGUAUCUGUUUUAUCAUCUGAUGGAAAUGUAUUAAGUACAAGAAAUUAUGCGAAUCGCGAAGCACAAGCUCGAAUUGGUGGGAUAUGUCCAUAUGUUUCGGCUGCGCAGCAUCGAAAAUUGAUUGAUAAAUUUGUUGAUGAAUGUUUGGUGGAUUGUGGUAAAAGGUUGUGCGAUCUUGAUGGGGUUGCGGUGACUACUCGUCCUGGGCUUGCAAUUGCUCUCGCAGUUGGUGCUGAAAAAGCAGUACGUCUUUCUAGAAAAGGUCAUAUUCCACUCAUCAAAGUGCAUCAUAUGCAAGCACAUGCGACGGUAGCAUCAUUGUUUCAUGCUGCUAUCAAGUAUCCGUUUGUCGCCGUUUUAAUUUCGGGUGGUCAUUCUUUAAUAGCGUUGGUAAUUGGAGCAAAUCAAUUCAAAAUUUUAAUUGAAGCUAAUUCAAGCAGUCCAGGAGAAUGUUUCGAUAAAAUAGCUCGCCAGCUUCCUAUAAAUGAUUAUUAUUUGAAGAAUUUUUCUGGUGGUGCAAUUAUUGAACAGUUGGCUGCAAAUUCAUCGCAUGAUGGUUAUUCCAAAUAUCUUAUCAAUAUGCCACGUUCGAAAGAUGCUAAUUUUAAUUUUUCAUCCAUCACAAAUUCUUAUCUACAACUUCUCAGUAAAAUGAAAUUGGAUAUAGAUAUCAAGGAUUUUUGUGCCGGUGUCCAGUUCACUGUAGCAGCUUAUUUGGCCAAAAAACUCCAUCAUUGUAUGGAAUUUUUGUAUGAAUCAGAUGAAAUAAAAACAAUCAGUAAAACGGAAUUUAUAGUCCUUUCCGGUGGUGUUGCUUCAAAUGGCUAUAUAAGAAAUGCGCUGGAAAAGGUAGCUACAUUCUACGGACAUUCACUAAUUGUACCUCCACUUCAUCUUUGUUGUGAUAAUGCUGAAAUGAUUGCUUGGAAUGGUAUAAAGCUUCUUCAAGAAAAGUAUAUUUUGGAUUAUUGUCCCCUUGACGUUAAUUAUUGUCAGCGUAAUCGAUGGAACAUCUCUUCAAUUACGCCAAGAAAACAUUUAUCUCUAAAAUCCAUUACAAGCGAAAGACUUCUUUUCCACUUCAGAAGGACAACAUAG